AUGAGUGACUCUAUGACAACAAUUAUUCCUGCCUCUACUCAUGUAGGCAAGCCUGGUGCCUUGAAUUUCUCCAAUAAAUAUGUCAAACUAAAUGUUGGCAAUUUUUUAUAUUUAACAAGUUUUGAUACUUUAACAAAACAAGACAACAUGUUCAGAGCUAUGUUUAGUGGUCGUAAUGAAGUUGUACAAGAUGGUGAAGGAUGGGUGUUGAUUGACAGAGAUGGUAAACAUUUUGGUCUAUUAUUGAAUUUCCUCCGUGAUGGAACGAUCAUAUUACCAGAAUGCCCACAAACAUUAAAUGAAUUAAUGAAUGAAGCAAAAUUUUAUUGUAUGCAACAGUUACAAGAUUUAAUUGAACAACAAAUGCAAAAUUGUUGUAAAAAAUCUGCUGAUACAGAUGCAAUAAACGCUUGUUGUAAAGUAAUUAUGUUGACAUCAGCAAAAGAAUUACCAAAUUUGAUUAAUACAAUUCGAAAACCGAUUGUCAAAUUAAUGGUUAAUAGGCACAAUAACAAAUAUUCAUACACAAGUAUACGUUUACACAAUAGAAUAAUAUUUGUCAAAGAUGUGACCGGAAGUGAGGAAAUAUGUUGUUGGAGUUUUUAUGGUAAUGGACAAAAAGUGGCAGAAGUUUGUUGUACAUCAAUUGUUUAUGCAACAGAACGAAAACAAAAUAAAGUCGAGUUUUUUGAAGCCAGAAUUUAUGAAGAAACGCUAAAUAUAUUAUUAUAUGAAAAUCGGAAUAUAUCAGAGGAUCAAAUACGAGCAACAUCUCCACGACAUACUACAGCUCCUUCGACAGAGGAUGAUUUAGAUGAUAAUCGAUUAAGAAAACGAUGA